CCAAAGGUAAAUUGCUGUCCAAAAGAAGGUUCAAAUAUCGUUGGCUGGAGUUUUUUUUUUUCAAAAAUUAAGAAUAUAUUUUUUUUGUUAAAACUAAAAGAAAUAUAAUGGCUAAUAAACCUCUUUUAUCUACUGAUCCAGUUUAUAAGAAAAUUCAAGAAUAUUAUAAUGCAAACGGUUCUAAAUUAAAUAUCAAAGAAUUAUUUGCUGCCGAUAAUGGGCGUUUUGAUAAGUUCAGUCUUCGAUUACCUACACCAGCUGAUGGAGAUAUUCUUCUUGAUUACUCAAAGAAUCGUAUUACACCAGAAGUAUGGAGUCUUCUUUUGGAUUUAGCAAAUUCACGUGAAGUUGGAAAAGCUAGAGAUGCUAUGUUUUCAGGUGAACGUAUAAAUAUAACAGAAGAUCGUGCUGUUUUACAUGUUGCAUUGAGAAAUCGUUCAAAUAAUGCAAUUAAUGUUGAUGAUAAAGAUGUUAUGCCUGAAGUACGAGCAGUUUUACAACAUAUGAAAGAAUUUUGUAAUCAAGUUAUCUCUGGUGUAUGGAAAGGUCAUACAGGAAAACAAAUGACUGAUGUUGUUAACAUUGGUAUUGGCGGUUCUGAUUUAGGACCACUUAUGGUUACUGAAGCAUUAAAACCAUAUUGUAAAGGUUUAAAAUCACAUUUCGUUUCAAAUAUUGAUGGAACUCAUUUGGCUGAAACAUUAAAAAAAAUUGAUUGGGAGACAACAUUAUUCAUUGUUGCAUCAAAAACAUUUACAACACAAGAGACAAUAACAAAUGCUACAUCAGCUAAAAAUUGGUUGUUGGAAAAAACAAAUGAUCCUUCAUCAGUGGCCAAGCAUUUUGUUGCAUUAUCAACAAAUAAAGAAAAAGUAACUGAAUUUGGUAUUGAUAGUGCUAAUAUGUUUGGAUUUUGGGAUUGGGUUGGUGGACGUUAUUCAUUGUGGUCAGCAAUUGGUUUAUCCAUUUGUUUAUCAAUUGGAUUUGAUAAUUUUGAACAAUUAUUAGAUGGAGCAUACUAUAUGGAUAAUCAUUUUAAAACAGCUCCAUUUGAGAAAAAUGCACCAGUUAUUUUAGCACUACUUGGCAUUUGGUAUUCUAAUUUUUAUAAUGCAGAAACUCAUGCAUUACUGCCAUAUGAUCAGUAUUUACAUCGUUUUGCUGCAUAUUUCCAACAAGGUGAUAUGGAAAGUAAUGGAAAAUUUGUAACAAAAUCAUCAUUGAAUGUUGAUUAUAAUACUGGUCCAAUUGUAUGGGGUGAACCUGGUACAAAUGGUCAACAUGCUUUCUAUCAAUUGAUACAUCAAGGUACACGAUUGAUUCCAUGUGAUUUUAUUGCACCAGCUGUUACUCACAAUCCAAUCUCGAAUGGUAUUCAUCAUAAAAUUUUAUUGGCAAAUUUUCUUGCACAAACUGAAGCUUUAAUGGCUGGAAAAACACCAGAUCAGGCUAAAUCUGAAUUGGAAAAAUCUGGUAUGGCUAAAGAUAAAAUCGAAAAAUUAUUACCACAUAAAGUUUUUACUGGUAAUCGUCCAACAAAUUCAAUUGUUGUGAAAAAAUUAACACCAUUUACAUUGGGGGCUUUAAUUGUUAUGUAUGAACAUAAAAUCUUCACACAAGGUAUUAUUUGGGAUAUUAAUUCCUUCGAUCAAUGGGGCGUUGAAUUGGGAAAACAAUUGGCAAAAGCAAUUGAACCUGAACUUGCAAAUAAUAAUCCAGUUUCCUCACAUGAUAGUUCCACCAAUGGUUUAAUCAACUUUAUCAAAUCAAAUUGGUAAAGAAAAUCAGAAACCAUUUAAAAAAAAGAUGUAUCAAAGUUUCUUUUUAUAUUAUUGUAUUUUUUUCCUUCUCAUUUUGUUAUAAAUAACUUAUUUUUUUAUUUACUUGCUCUUUAUUUAAGGAAAAAUGUCAAAUAAUUUUUUUUUGUAAUUUUUGUAGAAAUUUAAUGUUAAAAACAGAAAUAAAAAAAUAUAUUUAUCGUAGAAAAUUAUCAAGAAAAAGAAAAAAGCA